AUGGCGGCGGCAGCGGCGGGGCAGGGGCAGCGGCGGCGGCGGGGCGGCGCCCUGCAUCAUUUGAAAGAAAAGGAUGUUCCAGAUGAGUAUUUUCUUCCAAAUGAAGCAGAUCUUCGUCAGGUCAUUGUAUUGCCAAAAGCAGAAUGGGAAAGGAUUCAGGCCAGCAUUAGAGAAGCAGCACGCAUUGAUGAGAAGAAAGAACAGAAAGAAGUGCACUUGGACUCCAAAGCUGGUGGAAAAGACCCACCCACUCUGAGCCUAAUACAACAGAAACUUCAAGCCAAAAAAUUACGUGAAGAAAAGGAAGAGGAAGAAAGAAAGUUACUUGAUUUGGAAGAAGCAAAGUUCCAAGCAGCAAAAAGGAAGGAGGUUAUUGACCGUGCAAAAACCUACCUACGUUAUCAGGAUGACAGAAUGAGACAGUUCCAUGGUGCAUUUCUACUUACGAAGGUCCUAAAAGAAAGAGAUGCUCAAGUUGAAUUUCUAAAGUCAAGAUUAGCUGAUAACAAAAAGAGGGAUUAUGAAGAAGAGCAACGUCGAUUUAAAGAAUACAUUCUCAGCGAGCAAGAAAAAGCACGUCAGCAUUACAUGAAUCAACAGGCACUACGCAAAGAUCAGCUAGAACAAAUAAAAGAGCGUGAGCAUCAGGCAGAUCUGGCCAAACAGGAAAAACAAAGAGAAGGGGAAGAAAUGCAGAGAUCAGUCCAACUGUACCAACUAGAAACUCAGAGAAAAAAAGAAAAGGAAUACGAGAUAAAAAUGGAACGCCAGAAACUGUAUCAUGAGUAUAUAAAUGACCAGAAAAUAAUCAAAGCAAUAGAGGAACAAAACCAAAUGGAAGAAGAUGAUCGGAUCAAAGCUCAUUUUAAAGCAAAGAAAAUUAUUGCCCAGAUAAGAAAAAAGAAAGAAGCUGAAAUGCGUAGACAAGCACAGGAACAACGGGACAAAAUCGUUAGACAAUUAACUGAACAAAGGGCUGAGGCAUUAAGGAAGGAAGGUGAUCGACUGCUUAGAGAUAUUGCAAGAAGAGAAGCUGAAGAAGAAAAAAAACAGAAAGAGAAAGAAGCAAAACAAAAGGCUGCCAUUGAAUCUAUUGCUGAACACAGAGCCACUGUGAUAAAGUUGAAAGAGGAAAAGGAGAGACAGGAGAAAGAAGAGGCUGAAAAAGAACGUGAUAUGUUAAUGGAAAAAGCCCGCAUCCACCUGGAAAUGGAAAACAACAAAAAACAUGGACGACAUGAGGCCAACAGAGAAGUACAGAAAAUUCUGCUCCAGCAAAUGGCUGAAAAGCAGGCAAGAAAAGAGCAGGAAAAACAAGCGGACUUGGACUAUGAUGCUCAGAGAGAGGCUAUUGCACUUUUUAAAGAGCAUGAAUUUCAGAAAUAUGCAAAGGAAAUAAUUGAAACAGAGUCCAAGACUACACAUCAUCUUUAUCCUCUUCUCAAAGUAUGUAAAGAUGGACUUAGACAUGGGCCAUUUUCCUGAGAAGAAAUAAAUACUAGUUUCCAAAUAUAUAAUUCUACAUUGGGACCCAGUUACCUUGUUGUAGCUGUAAUGCUGCUCAAGAAACAAAACCACAAAAUAAUGUUUAAACUAUCCACUAAGAAAAGCAGAAGCCAUUUUCAAGUUAAAGACAUAUGCUUUUCAACUUACAGGCAGAAUUAAACUGUAAAUGAUUUAUAUCAAAUAUAUACCACGAAUCUGGACUUCCAUUUGAAAAAAUUAAAGAUUGCCAUAUAAUUGGUUAUAUUCUCAAAAAUCCCCAGCUGGUAUUUCAUAAAUGUUAGUUUAUUAAACUUGAGACAGGGAUUCA